AUGGUCGCGCCGGCCACGACAACAACGGCGACGGCGACAGCGGCAGCGGCGGUGCUGCUCCUGCUGCUGGCGCCGCUGCCAGCCACCUUCGCAGCGAGUCAGGUACCAUGGCAGCAGCCCCCAGACCCACCAUCUGCCCCUGCACUGUCGUCGUCGUCGUCGUCAUCGCCGUCGCCGUACGGCCGCUUCCUGCACAUCACCGACCUGCACCCGGACACGUUCUACAAGCACGGAUCCGCGGUCAGCUCCGGCUGCCACCACAACAAGCCGAAAAAGAAGAAAAAGGACGGCAGGUGGCGCGCAGGCUGGUGGGGCACCGGCGUCAGCGACUGCGACUCGCCCCCCCGGCUCGUCACCUCGUCGCUCAAGUGGAUCUCGCAAAACUGGCUGCCCGCGCAUCCACAGGCGGGGUCCACCUCCUCCAUCGACGACGGGCCCCCGCGCGGCAACGGCAGUACCGCCGGCCAAGGAUUCGACUUCAUCCUCUGGACCGGCGACUCGGCGCGCCACGACAUCGACGACAAGGUGCCGCGCACCCUGGCGGAAAUCUUUGACCUCAACCGCUGGACGCUCGACCAGAUCCAGUCGGCCUUUCCCGGCGUGCCCGUCGUCCCCUCGCUGGGCAACAACGACAUCUUCCCGCACAACAUCCUCUUCCCCGGUCCCAACCGGAUAACAAAGGAGUUUGUGCGCAUCUGGGCCGACCACAUCCCCGAGUACGAGUUCCACACAUUCGAGCAGGGCGGCUACUAUGUCAAGGAGCUCCUCCCCAACCGCCUCGCCGCCAUGAGCCUGAACACCCUCUACUUUUACGACAGCAACAAGGCAGUCGACGGCUGCGCAAAGACCAACCGAGGUCGCCAUGGUCGCGGCGGCGGCGGCGGCGGCGGGGGCGGCGAUAGCGACGUCGAUCCGGGCACCGCCCAGCUCGACUGGCUCGAGGUGCAGCUCGACCUGCUCCGCCGCCGAAAGAUGCAGGCCCACAUCCUCGGCCACGUGCCCCCCACGGCGGGCAACUACUUUCCGCGCUGCUACCGCCGCUACACCGACAUUGUGCUGCGAUACCAGGACACGGUCGUCGGCCAGCACUUUGGCCACAUGAACACCGACGCAUUCUUUGUCCAGGAGGACCAGGAGGCUCUGUACGCGGCCGGCGCGGCGGAGGCGGAAGAGACGGGCAUGGGCGACGCCGUCGCCCCGUCUUCUCUUGCUAGCGGCGGCAUCAUUGACGACGACGACGACGGCGAUGCGACGAUCAUGGGCGACGACGGCGACGACGACGGCGGUGCGACGAUCAUGGGCGACGAUGGAUUGCCGGCCGACCUGCGCCAGGACUACUCGUCGCUGCCGGGCAAGGCGAGGACCAACGACGACUACUACUCGUUCUUUUUCACCGCGCCUAGUAUCAUCCCCACCUACUACCCUUCGUUCCGGGUGUGGACGUACAACACGACCGAGGCGGAGCGGUACGACGGUAGCGUCGCUGAUGCGGCGCGUAUCGACGCGGCCGAGGACGGCGAUGUCCAGACUGGCGCCGAGGGGGAGGACGACGAGGACGAGGAGGACGAGGAGGACGACGACGGCAUCGACAUCGCCUCGCGGCGGCACCACCGGCCACUGCCGGACAGGGACGGCAAGCACAAGAAGAAGCACGGCAAAAAGAAGAAGAAGAAGCGCCACGGCAAGGAGCGGCCGCGGCACGUGUCGCCCGACUCUCCGUCGCGGCGCAACACGUACCUCAGCCUGCUGGGCUACAGCCAGUGGGUCAUGGACAUCGACGAGCAGAACGAGCACGUCGAGCGGAUCCUCGACGGCACCGCCAACUCGACGUCGACGGUGCAGCCGCUCAAGGGCGGCAGCGGUGGCGGAGGCAAACACGACGGUCACGAGGACGAGGAGGAGCGGCGGCGGCAACGACGACGACGCCGGCACGAGGCGGAAAAGGUCGAGGUCGACUUCCGCCUCGAGUACACGACCUACACGCCCUCGACGCUGUGGCAGGAAAUCGUGCGGCCACGCGGCGGCGGCGGCGGCGGCGGCGCGGGUGCCGGGUCAGAGCUGGGUCCGGUCCCGGUUCCUCGACACCUGCUCGAGUUGGAGCUGGACCGUCUCGGCGUGCACCCGUCGGCGCUAGCAACGUCGACAGAAGGGCAAGAAGACGACGACGUCGACGAGGGCGAGGGCGCAGGCGACGCGGGUGGAUCCCUGACGCGGGUGCGAAAGUGGAAGCCGCCCAAGGCGCUGCGCAAGUUUACCGACUACUCGCUACCGGCCAUCACGGUGGAUAGCAUGAUGGACCUGGCGCGGCGGCUGGUGGUGGACAAGAAGCUGUGGAAGCGCUUUGUGCGGCGCAUCUAUGCCGAGAGCGGCGUCAAGGGCAAAAAGUGA